GGGAGCCUGUCCCAGGUCCCGGCGCCCGGGGGGGCGGGUGGCCCGACCGCCGCAGACGCGCGCACGUGGUCGGCGGGGGCUCCGUGCGGCCUCCCGCGGGCCGUCCGGCUGAUGAAACGCAGCCUCCCGGCUCGGCUCGGCCGCGGGCCCGGGAGCGGCGUUCCCUCGUGGCCCCGAGGCCGGCCGGGCGUGCGGCUCCUCCCGGUGGGAUGACGGAGCGGGGCCGGCCGGGCCGAGGGCGGGCCCGGGAAGACGGCGCGGCGCGGGAGGCGGGCGGAGCGGCGGAGGCUGCGGCGCGGAGGGGCGCGAGCCCCCGACCUUCCGCGUCCUCAGGCGGCGGUGGCUCCGGCGGCGGCGGCGCCGGCGGCAAGUGAAGCUGAGCCGGCUGUUCCAGAAUGAACCACAGCUCUGAGAAGGGGAAGUAGCAAGACAGCUGGCUCUCUGCCAUGGCCUGUGAACCACAGAUGGACCCCGGCGAGGUGGCUGACCCAUUGCCCACCUCCUCUACUGGCCGGAGUGCCCUGCCUAGAGGGACCCCUCCCAGCUGGGGGCCAGAGCUCCGCAAUGGCCAGGUCCUCACAGUUCUCCGGAUCGACAAUGCCUGUGCCCCCAUCUCCUUUGACCUGGGAGAUGCAGAAGAGCAGCUGCAGACGUGGGGCAUUCAGGUCCCAUCCGAACAGUACAGGAGCUUGGCUGAGAGUGCCCUUUUGGAGCCCCAAGUGAGAAGAUACAUCAUCUACAACUCGAGGCCCAUGCGGCUGGCCUUUGCUGUGGUUUUCUACAUGGUGGUAUGGGCCAAUAUCUACUCCACCAGCCAGAUGUUUGCCCUGGGCAACCACUGGGCAGGCAUGCUGCUUGUGACCCUGGCUGCCGUGAGCCUGACCCUCACUCUCGUGCUCGUCUUUGAGAGACACCAGAAGAAGGCCAACGCCAACACGGACCUACGGCUGGCGGCUGCCAAUGGAGCCCUCCUGAGACACCGGGUGCUGCUGGGGGUGACGGACACGGUGGAGGGGUGCCAGAGCGUGAUUCAGCUCUGGUUUGUCUACUUCGACCUGGAGAACUGUGUGCAGUUUUUGUCGGAUUAUGUUCAAGAAAUGAAGACUAGCCAAGAGUCCUUGCUGAGAAGCAGACUGAGCCAGUUAUGUGUUGUGAUGGAGACUGGGGUGAAUCCCACAACGGCGGAGGAGCCUGAGGAUUUGGAGGGUGCCCCUCUCCUGCCCAGCAGCCCUCGUCUUGAGGAGACACCAGUCAUGCAGACUGAGCUUCGCCAGCUCGUUCCUGAGGCUGAGCCUGAGGAAAUGGCACGGCAGCUGCUGGCAGUGUUUGGUGGCUACUACAUCCGGCUCCUGGUGACCUCCCAGCUCCCCCAGGUAGUGGGGACAAGACACAUGGACUCUCCGAGGGUUCCAUGCCCCUGCCAGCUCAUAGAAGCCCACAUCCUGGGCACAGGGUGCUGCCCAUUCCUGGCCAGGUGACCUAGGGGUGCAGGUACUCAUCUUCCUCCAAGACUGAGAAGUGGGAGAGGCCUCAUGAUGAGGAGAGAAGCAUGGGUGCACUCUAAAAGGUCAGUCAUCUCAGCAGCAGGGGUGUCUUGCUCGCUCCAGGGCUCUGCACAAAAAUGCCUUGUUGAGACUCCAUACUAAACCCUGGCCUUUGCAGAAGCUGAUGGGUGUUGAGCUGGUCAUGCCCCAGGCUACUCUCUGUGCUACUCUGAACUGCGGACGUGGAUGGAAGGGCUGGUCUCCCAUCCCUUUCAUUGCGCAAGAGCCCAGGAAAUGUGAAGAUAACCAGACCAGGCACAUCGUGUGUCUGAAGCUUGAUCUCAGAUGAUGCUCCCAUUCCCAACCCCUUCCAGUCAGAUGGGGAAACUGAGGCUCCGAGAAGCAGUUGCUCUUUAUGGCAUUGCCUCGUUCCAAGCUGAAAAAAAAGAAGUAAAUUCCCAGAAUUUCCUCCAUUUUUAAGUUUUUCUCUCCCUAUAUUUUAUGAAAAACAGUGGCCCUGUGCUUGUCGUCUGCUAGCACACAGGCUGCAGAAGACAGAGGUGGAAGAUGGAAGACAGAAGAAAGAGAGAAAGGGCAGGUAACUAUUAAUAGGCAUGUUUAGAGAAGACUGGUUCUGAUUGGCUUGAGGACUUCUUUGGUUCAAAGGCAUGCACGCUUGGCCGUGUGGUUUUAUACUGCAGACAUGGAGCCAGCAGUCGUGUUUUCUGAACACUAACAUUGUCCCUGCAUGAACUGUAAUCAGUUACUCGUGCAAUUCUGUGAAAGGCUCAGAGGCUUCUAGGUGUUCUGUUCCUGAACAAGUUUGAAGACCUGUUGUUCCUUAGACCCAAGUCCAAAAGCCCUGGCCUGGCUUCCCAGCCCCCGAGACCGGGACUUCGUUUGCGGUAGUGGCUGUAUCUCUCCCCAAACCCUUCAUAAGUUGAAACUCUUUCCUGGACUGACAUACAUAUUCCUUUCUAUCUGAUGGACUUCCAUUCAUGCUUCAAAGCCCAGCUUUUCUUACCUGUCCUUUAGAAAGCCUUCCAACAUCACCAGCCCUGCUGCUCUCUGCCUUCUUUAAAUUCUUGACACAGCUUCUGCCUGCACUGAUGUUUUACGUUAUUGAUUUUAUUUUUCUGUGCACAGGCCUGUUUUACUAGCUAGACUGUAAACUCCUCAAGGACAAAUACUGCACCUUAUGUGCAUGACCUGGACCUGCUAAGGAAGAAAAAAUCCUGUGGAUUGAUUGCUUUGCCGUCUGCAUAGCAGUUUCUGCAAAUUGUUCUCCAAAGUCAGUAGAAUGAUGAGAUUGGUAUGGACCUGGGUUCUGGAUCUGAUCUGCCACUUCUAACCGUGUAACUUUUGGCAAGUCUUUCUUUGGAUGGUCCUCAGUUUGACCAUCUGUAUAAUGGGUGUGUUGGAUGAUUUUUAAGGGCCCUUCCAGGACCAAAGUUCUGAGAAUUGCCAGCUUAUUUUGCUCCCUCGUAGCCCUUGGCAUGUCUGUCUGUUAUGCCUUUAUUUACAUAAGGUCCUACAGCCCCACAUGGCUGAAGUAUCCUGGGCCUGAUAAUGCCCUUAGACAGAACACUGGCUUAGCUAGCAGCAGGCCUGGAUUCAUGUCCCAGAUUUGCUGCUUCCUUGCUGUGUGACCUUAGCUAAGUCACUUAACUUCCCUGAGUAUCAGUUCACUCCUUUAUAAAGUAGAUCUGGUGAACAUGAAAUGUAAUAAUCCAAGUGACUUGCUGUGUAAGAGAUGGGUCUGACUAUUCGCAUUUUCUGUGCCAGAGAAGAGAAAUCAGUUGUAAACCAGCUCCUGGAAAUGGCUGUUUUAGGCAUUUAUCUUUAGCUAAGUCUGAGGGCAGCUUUACUCAAUGAAAUUAUUCACAAAGGCGAUCACUGUCUUUCUGACCUGACACAGACGAAAUGUCAGCUGUGAAUGUGAUCAAUGGGAGCCUGUGUUUAUCAUCCAAUCAUAAAACUCCAGUAAAUAUACAGAGAAUCAAAAUGUGUUUGAUACAUGGCAAAACAGCAGUUUUUAAGGUUUACUUAAAGAGCCCUUGAUGUGUGCUUUCCUGCCUUUUCCUCUCCGGAAUUUCUGACGGUCUUCCCUGGUGGGUGGGGCAUUCAGAGUGUACCCUCAAUGUACAUUUCUCUGCAUCUGUGCCUCAGUUUCCUCAUUUAUAAACUCCCCAAGAUCUCUUGUCUUGCCUUGCUAUGGUUUGAAUGUUGGCCCCUCCAAAGCUCAUAUUGUAGGCUUAAUCCCCCAAAUAAUAUUUGAAAGGUGGGGCCUUUAGGAGAUGAUUGUACCACGAUGGCAAUGUGCUCAUGAAUGGAUUGAUCCAUUCAGGGAUUAAUGGGUUCAUGGGUGAAUGGUUAUCACAGUAGUGGCACGAGGGGAUUUGUAAGGAGAGGAAGAAAGCUGCUAGUGUGCUCUUGCUCAGCCUUCGCUAUGUGAUACCCUGCAUUGCCAUGGGACUCUGUAGAGAGUUCCCACCAAGAGGAAGGCCCUCAUCACAUGUGCCCCCUGGAUCUUGAGCUUCCCAGCCUCCAAAACUGUAAUAAAUUAAAAUAAAUAAAUAAAUAAACUACCCAGUUUCAGGUAUUCUGUUAUUAGCAACAGAAAACUAAUACACACCUACUUCACAGGGGUUUUGUGAAGAUUAGAUACCACAUACACUAGCUCCUGAGUCUUGGGCUCUUUGGUAAUCAUAGGCACUGCAGUGUCAUGAAGAGGGAGUGAAGCCAGUAGCUCAUUGCUUGGUUUCUAGGGUCAUGUUUAUUCAAGUCCAAGUUCUGCCAUUUAAGAGCAGCGUCCUUCAUGUCAUUGGGUCUCACUCCUCAUCUAUAGAAUGGGGAGGUUAAGAGCAAGCUGGUGACUUUGGGCCAGAGACUCACUCUCUCUGUACCUCUAUUUCCUCGUCUGUGAAGAGGGCGAUGUGAGAACAGGGAGGAUC